AGUAACUUAAACCCCACAAACUCCACCUUCUAAGUGAGGAAGCUGUGGGUUGAUGGAAAUGUAGUGAGCAGAUCGAGACAGACAGUGAAUCAUUAGCAAACUGCAACGCCAGGAUGAACUUGUCUGGAACCUAAAAGGAGAAAACAGGCUGCGAGUCCUCUGCGGCGCUGGGUUUGCUCAAUACAGCCAAAGUGGAUCUAAAAGCCGGUUGAUCCCCAGUCCAAGAUGCUGCUGGUUUCCCAGCGGGUAGAAGCACCACGGAUGGAGCCACAUAUUCCAUUACAGGGAUCCAUUAAAAGAAAACUGGAAGAUGAUAGCUCUCCUGCCUCCAGUGGCGUGCCUGAUGUCAUUUUCCCAAAUGACAGUAAAAGACUUUGUCUUGACGAUGUGAACCUUGCCAUGGGCCAGGGUGCCAAUGCCAGCGUGGCGUGUCCCGAAAUGCAAAGCUCUCCGUUCUCCGCCGCUCACGGCGCCUCUUCCCUGGGAGUGGCGGGGCACCCGGUGCUCCUGGAGAACAACCACAUGAACGGUGGUGGCAUUGGCUCCCCGUUCUCAGUGCCACCCAACACAGARAUCAGUCAGAAGGGGCCCAUGGGAGGGCAGACCAACAGCAUGGUCCACUACGAUGAGAAAGGAAACAGCUUACAGUCUGUGGACCAAGAGCUGCAAGAUCUACUGGAAGAGCUGACMAAAAUGCCUGAUCCUUCUCCCAAUGACCUGGAUUUGGAGAAGAUUCUGUGCAGCAAGGCUGAAGAUCCACUCGGUCUGAGUCAUUCCCAGCCAAACAUAAGCACCACUCCAAAAUCCUCCCCGCAGACUUCCCACUUGGAGAACCACGUUGCUAACAAAGAUUUUUCUCCAGGCUGCAAUCCAACCAGUGGAGGAUCCCCUCAGAUGAGACCAUCAUCUGCUGGAGCUAACUUCCAAGUUCCUCCCUCAAACAAACCUGCAGCUUCGCCCAUCUCUACAGCAGCUCAGAGCAAGAACCAGCCACCACCGAUGCUCCCGGUCCCCCUGCCCAACAUGCCUGGCUCCAACUGGCACGCCCAGCAGCUGAAGCAGCUGGCAGCCAGCAAGCAGGUGUCUGGUAGCAAGCAGCAAGUACAGGCUCCCAGCUGGCCAACGAUGUCUCCUCCUGGUCUCUCUCCACCUUACAGGGCAGGAUCAUCCCCACACCAUCAGCCUUUCAGUCCUCAAAAUGUUAUGGUAUCUGGCAUGCCUGCAAAUAAUUUACCAGGAAACAAYAUUCAGAGUCCUCAAAACACUCUUCUUUCGAGCAUGACUUCCAGCAGCACCCCAUCCAAUGGCCCCUCUCCCCCUUAUGGCUCUGAGAAGCUCUCCAGCCCUGCUCUGAGCCAGCAACCCUUCAGCCCACAGAGCUCCAUGCUGCCCGCCCUGACAGCAGCCAGCUUGCCAGCCAACAGCAUUAAAAGCCCACAGAACAACUUGGUUGCCAGCAUGGCCUCCACAAAUACUGGACCUUCUCCACCGUACAGGCCAGAAAAGCUGUCAAGCCCAGCUCUGCAUCAGCAGCCCUUCAGUCCUCAAGGUACAUUAAUGUCUAACAUCACUCCCACCAGCAACCCCACAAGUAUGCAGAACUCRCUUUUUAAAUCAAUGACUACAAACCAGACCAAAAAUAUGAACAUAAUUAUGCAACAGCCAUCCAGUAGCUUGCAGCCAGGUCUGGUGAAUGAGAGCCCUGUUAGCCAAGACCAGUUUUCUUUCAAUAACACCAAACCGCUGUCUCACUUUGCCUCAGAGUCAGCUACUCAAAAGAUGUCCCCUCUGACAGCAGGGCAAGGGCAGCAGUCCCUCAUUCACUAUCUCCAGCAGCAGCAGCAGCAGCAGCAGCAGUCUCCAGCCACGCAGCAGUCCCAGCAGAACAACAACAGCCAGUUUCUCCAGCAGCAGUUCCGACAGCUGAUGCAGCCACAUCGCAUGCAGAGACAGAUGCAGGCUGCCACACUGCCAUCUCAAAGCAGACAGGAUCAAAAUCCUGGAAUUGUUGCCAGACUUCAGGAGCCGGGCUCCAUCCCAAGCGGUGGCUCCGUGCCGGCACCAGCCACGGUCAAUGGGUACACGAUGAGGAACCAGUUACUGAAGCAGCAAAUAAUCAAACGGCAGCUGAUGCAGGAAAAGCAGAGGCAAAACAUGCUGGGAGUAACAUCUGAACAGAGGAGUUUGUUUGCAGCUCAACAGAUAAACCAGUUUCAAGCUGUACAGCAGCCCAUUCCUGCUGACUGCAACCAGGUGAUCCCAGCUCCUCCUCCCAACCACCGCAUGCUGCCGUCAAACCCAGCCAUGCUGCAGAGCACCUUGGGCUCUGGCAUGGCCCCAGCCAGCGCCAGCCAGAGCAGCGGGACSAUGGUGAUGAUCCCACACAACCCUGGCAAGCAGCAGGGGAUUUUCCCUCCCAAUUCUGACUUCAACAUCCCGCUGCGGCCAAGCCAGAGCUCACUGGGCAUGAACUCGGGGUGCCAAACGGUGCACAGCCACUCCACUGUGCGGCCGGGAAUGCCCAUGGGAGGCUUCAGUUCUGGCUCCUUAGCAAAUCACUCUGCAACACAGCAACACUUGAGGCAGCCGAGCAUGCCACGAAUCCCCARUGUCUACCCCAACUCAUCUGCCCAGAUGUGGACGCCGACUACUGUGCCAAGAAUGCCAAAUCAAAGCCAAAUGGAUACCAGCAUGCAGCAGUUCUCCGGGAACACGGUCUUCUCCAAACAGAGCGUGCGGCCGAGCACACCGGGUCAGACAUUCUCCCAGCAGGCUGUGGUGCCGCCGAAUCAGAUCGCUCCCGGCGUCCAGGUCAGGCAGAUGCAGAAACUGAGCAUGGCACAGUCUGGCCAGGGCUUGAGCUCAAUGAGUAAUCAGAACUUGAGACACAAUUUAACCAGGGGACCGUUGCCAGCUAUGAAUGUUAUGAAAUCGGUGCCCCAAGGAGUGUCCAGUUUUAACCACCUCAAUCCUGCCCCGGGCCUCGGCCCGCCCAGCUACCCUUCCACYGGCCAGCCCGACGCCUUCAGCAGGAUGAGCACCGCCGCCGAGCUGCCCCAGUAUGACUUUGUGUCCCAGCACAGCAAUUCCAUCAUGCCCGCCAACUGCAGCGACACCGACUUCCUCGACUCCCUCAUGAAGAACAGCAGCAGCAACGACGAAGAGUGGUUGAACAAUCUGACAAUGAUAGAUGACAUUUUGGGACAGCACGCUCAAAGCUCUGGACACGUUUAGCUCGGAGAGAAGCAGCCUCGUUGUAAAUAACACACGUAUGGCUUUGAACAGAACAGACAACCCGUGAAAGCCGCUGCCUCGUUCGAUACAGAGGGAAUAGACUCAGCCAAUUCUUYGCCUGCAUCAAAGUUUAAUAUUGGCAGUUUUUCAGAUGACUGUAUAUAUUUGAAUAUUUUGUAAAUUAUGUUUUCCUAAACCUUAAAUGUAGAAGUAUUUAUACUUCUUUGCUGGACUCUUUGUAAAUAAAUCUAUAGCAUAACUUUUGGUUUUAUUAUAGGGAUUUCAUUAUACCUUGUUAUAAAUAUGCAAAUAAUAUUGUUAGUUUCAGUAAUACUGUGUAUUACAGCAUAAAAUACUUAUGUUUUUGACAUAACUUAACACAUGAUCUAGGGGUGUCAUUGCAACCAGACUAAGCAGAAAGCAAAUGUGGCAUCUGUUCUCCCAUAUCAAGAGAAAGAUUGAAAAGUUGCAUUAAAAAAAAAUCCCUAAAAGCAGCUGCUGAUUCCCUUGACACUCAGUCUUGCAGACUGAACCUGGUAUGUAGGUCCCAUGCAGGCCCCCAGGGCAUUSAGGGAUCUGCUUGCAGAGGUCCUUUUGCCAGAUCCCAGGCGUGUUCUCAGCCUGAUACACUCCAGUGGGUUGUUGUGACUCUGACAAUGCGCCGGUGCUCUCUUGCAGGGAGCUUGUGCUUGUGACCUUCCAGCUGCUGAUGCCUGAGUGCCRCGGGGUCACAGGCUCAGCGUGGCGUGGCCCAUGGUGGCCACACUGGACAGCAGGUGCUGGGCAGGCACUGCGCAGGCUCUGGCCACUGAACCCUUCAGCAAAAAGGUAGCUCUGGUUUGUGCACCUCGGCCAUGUAUAUUUGUAGUGUACAGGUGAUUUGUUCCUGGUUUUAAGGCUUUUCAUAUUUUCUGUUUUAAUGUGAGACUUUUUUCAGGGGAAAAGUCUAUAAACAUUAAUAGUUAAUUUUUGAUGUUUUUCUGUCAGCUACUAUUGUCCUCUGUAUAUUUAAGAGUCUGUUUAUAAAAGAUUCACUGUACUGUAAACUUCUUAAAAUGUUCAUACUUUGUGUAAUCAUAUUUUAAUAGUCACGUCAUACUUCGCAAUACAUUUGUAAUAUAACGUCAGCUUCAAGCACAGAAUGUUUUUUUCUUCAUACCAUAAUAAACUGCCAGGGGAAAAUUGCA